AUGGAUGAUGGCCAACAUAAUUUGUCUAAUAUAAACUAUGACAAAAUAGCUGGAUGGAUAGUAGGUAUUGCCAUAGUAGAAUUUGAUGUAGAUUUAGGUUAAGUUGUGAAACAUUUAUACCCACAAGAUUGCUUAAAUUAAAAUGAAUAAAAAGCAAUCAGCCACAUGAGUUUCCCUGAUUCAAACUCGUUUACAAAAGCAGAAGGUUCUUCUCAAUAUAUAUUUAGAGUAAAAAGAUAAGUAAAGGACAUAGAGAAUAGAUUUUGCUUUGGGUUUACCUACUUUUAAUAGAAAAAAGAUAAUGCUAUUUAAAGAGGAUAUAAGCAAUAAAGUGUAGUUAUUUUUACAAACUAUCCCUUUAUCAGAUUCUUCAAUUAGAUAUCAGAAAUAGUUGGAAAGCACACUUUUAACAAUCCUGACAAUUUGGAUAUCAUAAUAAAUUAAGCCUUGAUGGAUAUAUCAGAAUGGCCAGAACCAGAAAAUAAUAAGGCGUACUCAUUACUCUUUUUAGGCGAGAUAAUUAAUUUAGAAAUUCCUCGCCACGUCCAAAUCGCCAGAAAACGCUUAUCCUAAUAGCAAAUCUCAAAUUAAAUAGUUAGUAAUUUUACAUAAAUUAAUGGAAGUCCUCCUGAAUUGAUUGAAAAUAAGCAAGUUAACUUAUCUGUUGAGAAACAAAAUUCUAGCAUCUUACAAAGCGAUAAUGAACUAAAUUAGUAGAGCAAUUCUCAGACUAACUCUGAAGAAAAAAAAAAUUAAAAAGUAAAAUCUUUUUAAGACUUAAAUAUACUUCAUGUCUAGAGCUAAUAAAAUGGAAUUCAAUCUAUGCUUAGUACCCACGAUUGCUAAGAAAAAGGUUUCUUCUAGGAGUUCAACAUAUACAAAAUAGUAAGGAAGAACAAAGUUCAUAAUUUAUGGAAAAUAUGGGAAAUAGUUUUAACUAAUUAGCCUUUGUUGAUUGUUGCUGAUUCACCUGAGGAAUGCUCUGAACUAGUAUUUGGAGCAAUUUCAUUGAUUUCCCCUUUAGAAUAUGUUGGCGAUUAUAGACCCUAUUUUACAAUAUACGAUUUAGAAUAUAAAACAAUAAAAGACGAGUGUGAUAAAAAAAUGACAAGAAAUAUUAUCAUUGGCAUCACCAAUCCUUUUUUCUUAAAAACUUUACCUGAUUUUCCUGUUGUUUUGAGAUUUGAUUCAUAAUAUGGUAAAAUGAAUGGAGAUACUAAAAAAUCUUCUUCAGAAAAAGUGUUCCCGUUCGAGGUAAAUUAGAAAAAUUCAAAAGUUUAAAUAAAUUAUGAUAAAACCAUUGACAAGAUGCUUUUGCCGAUUGAGUCUGUAGAAACGGAUGCAAUCAAUAAUUCUCUGAUAAGAAAAAGUUUCAGAAAUCUGACUUAGUAAUUUAUAUAAACUUUCGAAGAUUAUUUCGAUAACCAAAAAAAUGAUAUUAAAAUAUUUGACCAAAAAGAGUUUUUUAAGAGCUUAGAGUCUAAAAAAUUUGCUUUCCAAGAUUUAUUUGAGAAAAAGACUAAAAUCAUAUAAUUAUAUGAAAAGUUUCUUAUCUCAGCUAAUUUUUUAAAUUACAUCAAGCAGAAAAAGAACAUUUAUUUCACAAAAACACUUUUAAAAUAUUGA